GUUGAAAAAAGCUCAUCUCACGGAUCUUGCCUUCCCUUUCUCCCACAUCCCCAUUCCCCUUUUCCACCUAUUUAUACUCUCUCUCCCUCUUCUCUCCCAAACAGCUGCUCAAAUUAUUUUUUGAUCAAACACAAUAAUCCCCCAAUUCAAUGGCUUCUUGGGUUCGAACCAUCACCACCCCUUUUAGGAAAGCUCGUACGUUGUUCAAUCCCCAACCCCGAGACAAGAAAUCCCAACAGGAAGGGCAAGACGAGAAUAAUAGGAUAGCGGAUUUGCAUGGGGAAGUGAUGGCAUGUGGAUACGAGGAUGUACAGGUGAUGUGGUCAAUUUUGGACAAGUCUAAGCCCCGGCCAUGCAAUAUCACUUCUUCAUAAGGACUGCUUUGCAAAUAACAACUACAAAGAAAGAAAAUUGUAUAUAUAAGUGAGUUAUUAUAUAUAUAUAUAUAUAUUCUUGUUGAUGAGGUGGGAAGAAGAAAGACGACGCCCAAAGACAAGAAGUUGCAGCCAAGGAGAUAGACAAAUUAUAUUGUGGGUAGUAGGAAAUAUAUAUUUAGAAAUUGCCCCCUCAGGAUGUGAUAUGAUGCUGGUGGCAACUAAAUUGUACUUAUUUACAAAUAGAUCCUUUUCAUCGAAAAUUUUAUGUUUAUGUCCUUAUUUCAAGAGCAAUGGAUCGGAUCGACUAUUAUCGGAUACCC